UUUUGACAAGUUAUGACCUUGCAAGGACAUGGGAUGGUUGACUGUGGCAAUCUGCUUUAUAGCGAAACCCACAGUGCAGAGAUUUUAAAUGGGAUGGGGCUAGUUUACAUCUUGUCAUGUGAUCUGUAUUAUGCUAGGGAACUUGAAUUUGACAAAGAUACGGGUUUGAAAUGGGUUUGAUAUGAGUUUGACAGAGAGUGUGUGUGCAUGAGAGAAAUUGACGGUGUAAGGGAAUGUAGAACUAUUUUGAAGAGUGAAGAAUGGGGAGAAAGAAAGAAAGAAAGAAAGAAAGAAAGAAAGAAAGAAAGAAAGAAAGAAAGAAAGAAAGAAAGAAAGAAAGAAAGAAAGAAAGAGGGAUAGCGGGAAAGGGGCUGAAGGGGGUGUGACGGAGAGGUGUGGACGGGACAGAGGAAGGACGUGACACUGUAGGACGCGGCACAGAGAGCAGUGGAGGAAAAGGAGUGCACCUGACCCAGGAUUCAACAGCAAGCUGAACAUUGAAACAUACCAGACCAACAAGAAGAUUCUCCAACUUUUCCUCCAUGAUGUUAAUGAGUUCUCACUCCGAGAGAAAAGCCUCCUUCCCUGGCCUCUCAGUCCUGAUGUCACCUACCGCCCUGUCCCCCACCUCCCCCAUACAGCGAGACCUAAACUCCCCCAGGGGGUCCAUCUUCGCACCCCUAUCCCUUACCGAUCCACCCAGCUGGGUCAUGCUGGCCCUCUGCAAUGUAGAGCAGGGCGAGAAAGAGCUGCAGAGCCUUAGAAAACGACAGACGAGUGAGGUGGAGGAAAUGAACCGAGAGCUUGACAACGCCAUCAUUGAGGCUCAGAGACAAGAGCGCCGACUGCUGGAAAAAGUUGAGCAGGACCACCGAGAAGCCCAGCGGCACCUGGAGCAGGUGAAGAGGGAGAACGCUGCGGCAGUGCGGGUUGGACAGUCCCUGGUGGACCGGCAGCUCCGCAAACUGGGCCAACUGAAGGAGCAGGUCCAGAGAUGGGGUGGAAGCAGUGGGGGACCCAAUAAGAACCAGCUUCAGAGGGGUGUGGCAGAAGUUACACAGCCUUGGGAAAUCUCCCUCUCCUUAAAGAGGGUCACUUUUCAGCCCGGUACGCAGCUGAAGGACGUUAGGUUAGGGGAGGUACAAGUCCAGGAUCAAAAUCUGAACUACCCUAUUGGUGUCUGCGGUGAAACAGGGAAGAAAUGUGCUCUUCACUCAGGAGAGAGGAAGUUUGGAGACAGUGGAUCAUUUGAAGUUCGGAAGGACCUUUCAUCCACAUCAAAUAGUGGGAGCAUGCGUGUAGUCAGGAAGCUCCGCCUGUCCACCACAGACAAGGAUGAGCCAAAGUCACCAGUCAGUCCCCGGCAUCAAGGAGCACCUGAGUCAUCCAUGGAUGAGGAGCUAGACACACAUGGCCAGGACCUUUUCCUGGCUAUCCCUCCAAUCUCCAGCCAAGGGGAGUCGGAUGUAGACGAACCAGGCUGUGGACAAACUGGAACAAAGAAAAGCUCCAUCCUCAAGUGUCAGAGAAAGCAAAGGACCCUGGUUCUCAUCCCCAGCGAGGAACCCUCCUGCCCUCCAGAAGGCGGCAGAUCUGAACAUAGUGACCAAUCACAGACCUCUCCCAAGACCAGCCGUGGAGAACCCCAUCCCAGGUACAGCCUCCUGGACCCAUCUUCAAGACGCGCGCGCUCACGUCGAAGCCUGUCACCCAGCAAAUCCCCCCGUGGAACAUCCACUAAUGGGGGGAGUCCCCCAUCCCCGGCUGGCAGUGAUGACUGCUACAACUACAUCACCAGCCCCUCUCCUAGUAACAAUGUCUCCCUGAACCAGGAACACCGACGCGCCAUGUCGAUGGCGGACCUCUCCAGGAAGACCCGUCCUUUGAUCAAUGGGGGAAAGGGUGCUCACCUGGGAUUUAAGAGAGACAACCACUCCUGUCUAUCAUCUGCCUCCUCAACCAUGGAGCAAGGGAAUGGAUCUGAGUCUGGCGGCAGAAGCCCCACAAGCUCGGAUGAAAGAGAAUCAAGAUACCAGGGAAGGAGUGUAGGUUCUAACUGUGUGAGUCGAUCUCUGUCCAUGUCGGCUAUUGACGCCGAAAGCCACCCUACAGCCAAGGAGAAACAAUCAGACAAUAGAAGGAGAGACAAACCCGAGCCAAUCCUGAGAGACCUGGAGGAGGAAGCGGGUUCAAGUGCCUUUGAGUCAGCAAAUCUGAUCAAGCAGUUUGGAAAGCAGGGCUCAGGGCGCUCCGACUUCAACCUGCCCAGCGGGCUCCACUCCACUGUCAAAGGGCAGCUUUUUGUGGUGGACUGUGGAAACGCCCGAAUUCAGGUGACUGACCUUCAGAAGUAUGUUGUGCAGCAGGUGUCCCCUAGUGGAACUGAGAGAUCCGCCCGCAUCUGCAACUACUUUGAUGUGGCUGUGAACAACAAGGGCCUCAUUGCGCUGACAUGUGCUGCAGAGCGUGCCGUGUUGGUGUUCAGCCGUCAUGGACGCCUCCUCCAGACCUUCGGGGGUAACAUGAUAGGAUCCACCCAUGAAGAACUAGAUGCACCAAGGGGAGUGACCGUCACCCGUCUGGAUGAGUUCCUGGUGGCCGACAUCAAGCGUGGAACUCUAACUGCCCUGAUGCUGGACCCCAAGACAGGCACCAGGCUGGAGCGCACCAUAAUCACAGGAUUCCACAGGCCCUACCUGGUGGCUGCCUGCCUGACCUCUGGGCUGAUGGCUGUGUCUGAGCGGGGUAAUGAGACUGGCUGUGCGCCUUGCAUCCGAGUGCUGGAACCUGGCUGGAACACCAUCCGUGUCCUGGGGUUGUGCUCCGGCAUGGGGCCUGUCCUGGCCUGCCCCUGGGGCCUCAGCAUCGAUAGUGAUGGGGAUGUCUUGGUGGCAGACUGGGGCAGGUUGCACCGCGUCCUGCUGUACCCUGCCAAGGGCCUAGGCUGGCCCCUUGUUACCCAGGGUCUGAGCAGCCCCCGAGGCCUGGCCCUGCUGCCAGAGGGCCAGCUAGUGGUGUCAGACAGCAUGAACCACUGUAUUAAGAUCUACCAAUACAAGUGAGACACUGGCGGAGUGAAGCUGUCAAGAUGAGGAUGCAAAGAUGAAGAUGAUGAAGAAGUAGGCAUUCUCUAGUCAACACCGAUGCAGAUUUCAGUAAAUAACAACUACUUUGGCAUAAUCCUAGAGGAUCCUGUCGAGAAUGUCAUGUUCUUCUAGAAAAAAGUGAAUCAUAAGUCACAAUGUAGGGUACAAAUUGUGAAAGAAGACAGACUGUAUAGAGUUGUGGAGAACAGUAGAGAAGGUCCCAUCUUUAUUACCGCAGAGGACAAUUUCAUUUGCAGCAAAUGUUUUAGCUUGUUUUUAAUUUGCCCAUUGUCUUAAAUGUGAUAAUCAUAGUUUGAUAAUGAACCAAAUGAAAAUGGUGAAGAAUAACUAUGUAGCAAAAAUAUUUUUAGCAGAAGCAUAAUUGUAUUUUAAUAGCUACUACAGUGUAGAGCAGCAGUGAAUUAUUUACACCGAAUAACACAAAAUUAAGGGUCCGUGCUGUCCGGAACCCUUGGGACAUCCCUACCGAGAAAUUAUGUUUCAUCUGACCCAAUGAUGUUGGCCAAACCAGAUUAAUGUGUAACAUCCCAACCCUUGGGACAUCCCUACCGAGAAAUGAUAUUUCAUCUGACCCAAUGAUGUUGGCCAAACCAGAUUAAUGUGUAACAUCCCAACAUGUUCAAUAUUUUACUUUUAUCAUAAUAUCAUUUGCCAUAAAUGUUUAUGGUAACGAUUAAGGUCAGGGUUAGGUAAGGGUUAAGGUAAGGGUAGAGGUUAAGGUUAAACUUAGGGUUAUGGUUUAGAGUAGGGAUGUCCCAAGGAUCCCGGAUAGCACUGACCCAAAACUAAGGGUGGAACUUUGUAUCUGUUAUUAGAGUUCUAGGUAUUUCAAUGAAAAUUCAAGACACAUUUUAAAUGGCUUGCUGUUGUUAUGAGUAGUUGAUUACUCACAAAAUAAACUAACUGUUCGCCAAAUUGGCCAUUUUAUAUCAUGUGUAACAACAGGGUAUGUGAUGUUGCUGUAAUUUCACCUCUGCCCUUACAAAAAAAGAUUGCCGUUUUGAAACUGCAGUAAAGUGCAGUAACUGCCGUCGAUUGUGAUAUUUUGGACGCAGUAAUUGCAAAAUUACUGCAGUAAAAAGAAAAUUGUAUUUUGGACACAGUAUUUGCAGCAUACUGGGGUUAUACUGCACUCUAACUACAGUUAUACUACAGUGUACUGCAGUUACUGUACACUGCAGUCUGACUGCACAUUUGUUUCAUAAGGUUGAAGUCUGAAAGCUUUUGAAAUGCUGUCUAUCCCCAGUAGUUAUGUUGUGAAACACAGUAAUGUGUAAUAGCCUACGCUAUGGUAAUGACUUGGAAUUGAAUACAUUUAUCAUGAGACUGCCACCGCAAAUAUAAUCAAAUAUACUGUGGAUUUAAUCACAUUUGAUGUGUAUUGAUUGUCAAUUACAUUGUAAAUAUUUCAUUAAACUUUGGAUUGGGUUUAAAUUUU